AUGUUCAACGCUCAGGCAGUACAGGCAUUCCGCUCCUGCACUGGGGCCCUGUCGUCGCGCACCCUCGCACGUUCUUCGGUGAACGCUGUGGGAAGGACAGUAGCCUUCGCCUCACGGUCACGCUAUUACUCAGACAAGGCGGGAUCAUCUUCAAAGGUGGAAGAAGAGGAGAAGGAGAAGGAUUCGGUCGAUGUCUCGCCAGACGCAGAGCUUCUUAGCAAGUUGAAGGCAGAGGAGGCGAAGGUGGCUGAUUGUAUGAGCCGACUGCGCUACCUCCAAGCCGAUUUCCUUAACCUUCAGCGUAACGCUGCGAAAGACAAGGAGCAGGCGCGAGACUUCGCGAUCACCAAGUUUGCCGGCGACCUCCUCGAGACCGUCGACGUCCUUUCCCUUGCUCUCAAGUCCGUGCCAAAAGAGUACACCGAGUCGCCACCACAAGCCGACUCAUCAUCCGACACCCCCACCCCCAAGACCGCCGACGACCACAUCCGAGAGCUGUACGUCGGUGUCGAGGCGACCCAGCGGUUACUCCUUUAUACUCUCUUCAAGCACCACGUCAAGCCCUUCGACCCUACUGGCGAGCAAUUCGACCCCAACAAGCACGAGGCCAUGUACCAGGCGCCUAUACCUGGCAAGGAGCCCGGCUCUGUACUAGAGUGCGCAAAGGUUGGAUACACGAUCAAGGGUCGUGUAUUGCGUGCCGCCCAGGUCGGUGUUGUGCAGGACACCCGGUCAUGA